AUGGCUCUUUCUGUUGGCGAUCAAUUCCCCUCCGGUGUCAAGUUCACCUACAUUCCAUACAGCCCUGAUCUUGAGGGUGUCACUGCUUGUGGUAUCCCCAUUGCUUACGAUACUGAGAAAGAGUUCCCCUCAAAGAAGGUUGUUAUUGUCUCAGUCCCAGGUGCUUUUACUCCCACAUGCACUGCCAAUCACAUUCCUCCAUUUGUUGAGAAGAUUAAGGACCUUAAGUCCAAGGGCGCUGAUGAAAUCAUUGUUCUUUCCGCAAAUGACCCCUUUGUCCAGGCUGCCUGGGGUAAGGCUCUCGGUGGCUACAAGCAGCUGAUUUUCGCUUCUGAUGGCAAUGCUGCCUUCUCAAAGGCCAUUGGCAAAUCGGUUGACCUCUCUUCCAAGGGUUUCGGAAUCCGAACUGCUCGUUACGCUAUCAUUGUUGACCACGGCAAGGUCACCUACAUUGAACAGGAACCCGGCCCAGGUGUCAGUGUUUCUGGCGUCGAUGCCAUUCUUGCCCACCUUUAA